CCCUUCUCCGCCUCCCAGCCCCUCUACGGAGGCUGAGGAGGCCUAAGGGCUGGCACCCCUCCUACCUCUUCUCCGCCUCCCAACCCCUCUAGGGAGGCUGAGGAGGCCUAGGGGCUGAGGCUGGUCUGCGGUUGGCGGGUGACAAGCCGGAGCCGGGACAGUGUGAGUGCUUCCUGCCUCGGCCGCCGGCCGCUUCACUUCGCUUUGGGUAACCUUCGUGAGGCCAGGGACAGGGGGCGGAGAGUCGCGCGGGCGCUGUGUGACGAGGCGCCGCCGCGGUUCUGCGUGAAAGCAGCUAGCCGGCAGGUCUGCCAACGGGGCCAUCGGCCGUGUCGGGCCGGCGGAGCCCGCGAGGCUCGGGCCUGAAGCCCGGGGGCUGGGGAACCCGGUCCGGGGCUGGCGCACGCGGGACAGCGGUGAGGUCCGGCCCUUAGCUCUGUGAGCGGGGCUCCAGCGCCCGGUGUGGAAGGCCUUUCCCCAAGUAACAUAAUGGCGGAAACUGCUUCUCCACUGAAGCACUUUGUGCUGGCUAAGAAGGCAAUUACUGCAAUCUUUGACCAAUUACUGGAGUUUGUUACUGAAGGAUCCCAUUUUGUUGAAGCAACAUACAAGAAUCCAGAACUUGAUCAAAUAGCUACUGAGGAUGAUCUGAUAGAAAUACAGGGUUAUAAAAACAAGCUUUCCAUCAUUGGUGAGGUGCUGUCUCGGAGGCAUAUGAAAGUGGCAUUUUUUGGCAGGACGAGCAGUGGGAAGAGCUCUGUUAUCAAUGCAAUGUUGUGGGAUAAAGUCCUCCCUAGUGGGAUUGGCCAUACAACCAAUUGCUUCCUGAGUGUUGAAGGAACUGAUGGAGAUAAAGCCUAUCUUAUGACAGAAGGAUCAGAUGAAAAAAAGAGCGUGAAGACAGUUAAUCAGCUGGCCCAUGCCCUUCAUAUGGAUAAAGACUUGAAAGCUGGCUGUCUUGUGCAUGUAUUUUGGCCAAAGGCAAAAUGUGCCCUCUUGAGAGAUGACCUGGUUUUAGUGGACAGUCCGGGUACAGAUGUCACUACAGAGCUGGAUAGCUGGAUUGAUAAAUUUUGCUUAGAUGCUGAUGUCUUCGUUUUGGUUGCAAACUCUGAAUCAACACUAAUGAACACGGAAAAGCAGUUUUUUCACAAGGUAAAUGAGCGACUUUCCAAACCUAACAUUUUCAUUUUGAAUAAUCGUUGGGAUGCCUCUGCAUCAGAGCCAGAAUAUAUGGAAGAUGUACGUAGACAGCACAUGGAAAGAUGCCUGCAUUUCUUGGUGGAGGAGCUUAAAGUUGUGGAUCCUUUGGAGGCACAGAAUCGUAUCUUCUUUGUUUCUGCAAAGGAAGUUCUUACUGCUAGAAAGCACAAAGCACAGGGGAUGCCAGAAGGUGGUGGGGCACUUGCUGAAGGAUUCCAGGCAAGAUUACAGGAGUUUCAGAAUUUUGAACAAAUUUUUGAGGAGUGUAUCUCGCAGUCAGCAGUGAGAACAAAGUUUGAACAGCACACUAUCAGAGCUAAACAGAUACUAGAUACUGUGAAAAUCAUAAUGGAUUCAGUAAACGUGGCAGCAGCAGAGAAAAGGGUUUAUUCAAUGGAAGAGAGGGAAGAUCAAAUUGAUAGACUGGACUUUAUCCGAAACCAGAUGAACCUUUUAACACUGGAUGUUAAGAAAAAAAUCAGGGAGGUUACAGAGGAGGUGGCAAACAAGGUGUCAUGUGCAAUGACAGAUGAAAUUUGCCGACUGUCUGUGUUGGUUGAUGAAUUUUGUUCAGAGUUUCAUCCUACUCCAAGUGUAUUGAAAGUAUAUAAAAAUGAGUUAAAUAAGCACAUAGAAGAUGGCAUGGGAAGAAAUUUAGCCGAUCGGUGCACAAGCGAAGUCAAUGCUUCAAUGCUUCAAUCCCAGCAAGAAAUUAUUGAAAAUUUGAAGCCAUUACUUCCAGCUGGUAUACAAAAUAAACUACAUACACUGAUUCCUUGCAAGAAAUUUGAUCUCAGCUAUGACCUAAAUUGCCAUAAGUUAUGUUCAGAUUUUCAAGAGGAUAUUGUAUUUCGUUUUUCCCUGGGCUGGUCUUCCCUUGUCCAUCGUUUCCUGGGCCCGACGAAUGCUCAGAGGGUGCUGCUAGGAUUAUCAGAGCCCAUCUUCCAGCUCCCCAGAUCUUUAGCUUCUACUCCCACUGCUCCGACUAAUCCAGCAACGCCAGACAAUGCAUCACAGGAAGAACUCAUGGUUACCUUAAUAACGGGAUUAGCUUCUCUCACAUCUAGAACUUCUAUGGGCAUCAUCGUUGUUGGAGGGGUGAUUUGGAAAACUGUAGGCUGGAAACUCAUAUCUGUUUCAUUGAGUAUGUAUGGAGCUUUGUAUCUUUAUGAAAGGCUGACCUGGACCACGCGUGCUAAGGAGAGAGCCUUUAAACAGCAGUUUGUGAACUAUGCAACUGAAAAACUGCAGAUGAUUGUCAGCUUCACGAGUGCAAACUGUAGCCAUCAAGUACAACAGGAAAUGGCAACCACUUUUGCUCGCCUGUGCCAACAAGUUGAUAUUACACAAAGACAUCUGGAAGAAGAAAUUGCUAGAUUAUCCAAAGAAAUAGAUCAACUGGAGAAAAUACAAAGCAAUUCAAAGUUCUUAAGAAAUAAAGCCGUUCAACUUGAAAAUGAGCUGGAGAAUUUUACUAAGCAGUUUCUACAUUCAAGCAAUGAAGAAGAAUCUUAACAGUAGAGAUUGCUUUGGUGAUCAUCAUAGGAGAAAAUGGAACUUGGAAGAUUGGGACAGUUUUUUUAUGAAAUGACUUUAAAUAUGAAUUAUACUAACUGUACCUAAGUAGCAAAUCCUUGUGUAGAUUCUGAUAAUGAUCUAUCUCAGGGUGUUUGCAUUUCUGAAGAGUAUUAUAUGAGGUCUUUUUAAUUUUAAUUUUGGGUAAAGAAAAGGCUAAAUUGUGUUUAAAAUGAAUUAAAAGCAACAGAACCAACUAUGUGACCCCUGAGGGGUGGGGCCUUGUUCUUAAUUAGGGCUCUCUUUGUUUUUGAUUCUGAAAAAACUCUGCUUCCUGGCAUCCAGGAGUUAGAGAAUGCUCAUUUCAUCUUUUCUCAAAACUAAUUUUUGAUGCCUACUUUAAUGGGAAUAGUCAUUUUUUCUUUUAUAAACUGCAUUGCUCUAUCAAGGAGAGUGGAAUGUUCUUGAGUGUAUUGUUUAUGCAAGUUACAAUCACUUUUGCCAUCCUGGCAGGUAUGUAAACCACUAAUAAAUACACUGUUUUUACUCUUUUUUCCCAUUAAAAUGGAUGUAAAAUAGUAUAAAGGUUUGUUAUUAUAGUCUCUUAUAAAAGUAUAAAAAUUUCUGGGUCUGAAUAGUUGCCUGAUCUGUUUCUAAAGAAACAUUUUCAGUUUCAACUAUGAUUACAGCGAGGAAACCUUUCUAUCUCAGUUUUAGGAGCAAAGUUUGAAGUGAUAAAAAUAGCCAAAGAUACGGGAGCUCUGACUUUUGGGUGGUUAUAUUCCUGUACCAAUGCCGUUGUUCUUCAGAAGGUACUUGCAGAGGAUACUCCUGGAUUGUCCCCCCGGGUGGCUUUACUUUUAUUUAAUUGUAUGAAUUUGCCAGGGCACUGUUAAUAUUACUGUACUUUUUAACUUAAUGAAAUGUUCGUGAGUUCAA